AUGCCUCUCCUCCUCUUACUGCUCCUGCUGCUAAGCACUUCAAAUGCUCAGCCCAACUGUGAGUUCUCCAAAGUGAUCAACAAGUUACAUGUGAACUGUGAGAACCUAGGGCUGAAGGCCCUGCCUACAGAUCGGCUCACUGAUUCAACCAUUCUCCGUCUGGGUCACAACCACUUGGGCACCUUCUCCACAGGUUCCCUGGUGCAUCUGACCCGCCUCACUGAAUUAUACCUGAAUAACAAUCAGCUAAAAACCCUGAUUGUGGAUGGGGCUCUGCCACUGCUGGAGACCCUGCAUCUGUCCCAUAAUGAGUUGAAAAGUCUGCCUCUGCUGGGGCCGUCACUGCCGGCCCUCAUUACUCUGGAUGUCUCCUACAACAUGCUGACCUCGUUGUCACCCAACACGCUGGAGGGUCUGAGCCACCUCCAACAGCUCUACCUUAGAAAAAAUGGUCUGAAAUCUCUGCCCCCGGGGCUCCUGGCGCUCACACCCCAGCUGAAGAAGCUUAGUCUGGCUGACAACCACUUGGAAGAAUUGCCUCCUGGGCUCCUGGAUGGGCUGGAUAAUCUUGACACGCUCUACCUCCAAGGAAACUGGCUGCGAGUGAUACCAAAGGGCUUCUUUGGGACUCUUCUCCUGCCCUAUACUAUUUUCCAUGGCAACUCCUGGUACUGCGACUGUGAAAUCCUCUAUUUCCGCCACUGGCUGAGGGUCAAUUCCGACAAGGUGUAUGUGUGGAAGGAGGGUGUGGAUGUCAAGGCCAUGACCCGCAAUGUGAAAAGUGUGGUAUGUAUCAAUCUGCCCAGAGUGCCUGUAUUCGACUUCCCCGGGAAGGACUGUAACAAUACCACCGAAUAUAGGGAUGAGAUCACUGACUAUGACGAAUAUGACGAAGAGGCUGAUAAGGUGCCUGCCACAAGGACUGUGGUCAGUUUCUCCAACACCAAAGCCCAUACAACACAGCAGGGCCUAAUCUACUCAGCAUCUACAACUUUAGACAGCCAAAAGCCCUCCUUGCCUCCAGCCCAAAAAUUCAUUACGAAACACAUCACAUUCCCACCUACUGAAGAAACCGCCAUAACUCAGACCACCCCUGAACCUACUACAGUCCAGACCACCACACAGCCCACCACAACCCAGACCACCACACAGCCCACCACAACCCAGACCACCACACAGCCCACCACCACACAGCCCACCACAACCCAGACCACCACACAGCCCACCACAACCCAGACCACCACACAACCCACCACAACCCAGACCACCACACAACCCACCACAACCCAGACCACCACACAACCCACCACAACCCAGACCACCACACAGCCCACCACAACCCAGACCACCACACAGCCCACCACAACCCAGACCACCACACAGCCCACCACAACCCAGACCACCACACAGCCCACAACCUCAACACCUGAAACCCAAACCACCCCAGAGCCCACCACAACUCAAACUACCUUAUUUUUAACCACCACAGAACCCACCUCACUCCCUGCUUCAAUAUUUCCUAGAAUUCGUCAAUGGAAUUCAGAUAGGUCCAGAAAUUACCCUUUUAUCACUCAUGACCUUUGCUGCCUCCUUCCACUGGGCUUCUACAUCUUGGGUCUCCUCUGGCUCCUGUUUGCCUCUGUGGUCCUCAUUUUGCUACUGACCUGGGUCUGGCAUGUGAAACCACAGGCCCUGGACUUUGGCCAGUCUGUUGCUCUGGCCACCAUCACAUAUACCACACAUCUUGAGCUUCAGAGAGGGAGAGAAGUAACCAUCCCCCAUGCCUGGCUGCUAUUCCUUCGAGGAUCUCUCCCCACUUUCCGCUCUAGCCUCUUCUUGUGGGUACGACCUAGUGGCCGUGUGGGGCCUCUGGUGGCAGGACGGAGGCCCUCAGCUCUGAGUUUAGCUCGUGGUCAGGACCUACUGGGUACAGUGGGCAUUAGGUACUCUGGUCACAGCCUCUAA